UACCUAGGACUAAUGGAUUAUUUAUACGAAUAGUUAAGAACUAGCCAAUUAUCCAUUCUCAUGGAGGCUCACCUGUAGUCUCUGAGGAUCCUACUUAUUCUUUGGGUCCCUGAUGAAUCCAAGAUCAAUCAUCCGGAUUCCCGGCCAGGUGUUUCCCACGACAAUAAGGACAUUAUUGAAGAACUCGGGAUCAACAUAUGUUAUGGAUGGAAGUUGUAGAGACCUUCUCUCCAGCGUCCAAAUUAUACCAGUAGCUCAGAAUUGGCCAAUUCUUCAUUUUCAUGAAGUAUCACCUGUAGUCUCUCCCUGUAUUCUGUGGUCUUCUGACUGGCAACCAUCCGGAUCCCCGGCCAUGUGACAUCGCUCGCCCCACACUAAUUACGGACCCUGACCCAGUUUUUCAGACAC